GCCGCGCAACCGGCUGCGCCUGCGCGUUGGUUCCUAGAAGAAGGCGCUCGGGAAGUCGGACGGCGCGGCGGCUGUUCUUUAAAGCGGAGCCGUGAGUUUCCGCCAGUGGUUUCGCCGCCAUGAGUCGCAACUAUAACGAUGAGCUACAGUUCCUGGAUAAGAUCGAUAAAAACUGCUGGAGGAUCAAGAAGGGCUUCGUGCCCAACAUGCAGGUUGAGGGAGUUUUCUAUGUGAAUGAUGCUCUGGAGAAGUUAAUGUUUGAGGAAUUAAGGAAUGCCUGUCGAGGUGGUGGUGUUGGUGGCUUCCUGCCAGCCAUGAAGCAGAUUGGCAAUGUGGCAGCCCUGCCUGGGAUUGUUCAUCGAUCUAUUGGGCUUCCUGAUGUCCAUUCAGGCUAUGGGUUUGCUAUUGGGAACAUGGCGGCCUUUGAUAUGAAUGACCCUGACGCAGUGGUAUCCCCAGGUGGUGUCGGAUUUGACAUCAACUGUGGUGUCCGCUUGCUGAGAACCAAUUUAGAUGAAAGUGAUGUCCAGCCUGUGAAGGAGCAACUUGCCCAAGCUAUGUUUGACCACAUUCCUGUGGGAGUGGGAUCAAAAGGGGUCAUCCCAAUGAAUGCCAAAGACUUGGAAGAGGCCUUGGAGAUGGGUGUGGAUUGGUCCCUGAGAGAAGGCUAUGCCUGGGCUGAAGACAAGGAGCACUGUGAGGAGUAUGGAAGGAUGCUGCAAGCUGACCCAAACAAGGUCUCUGCGAGGGCUAAAAAAAGAGGCCUUCCUCAGUUGGGGACUCUGGGAGCAGGCAACCACUAUGCAGAAAUCCAGGUUGUGGACGAGAUUUUCAAUGAGUAUGCAGCCAAGAAAAUGGGCAUUGACCAUAAAGGACAAGUCUGUGUGAUGAUCCACAGUGGAAGCAGAGGCUUGGGCCACCAAGUUGCCACAGAUGCACUGGUAGCUAUGGAAAAGGCCAUGAAGAGAGACAAGAUUAUAGUCAAUGACCGUCAGUUGGCUUGUGCACGAAUUGCUUCCCCAGAGGGUCAGGACUACCUGAAAGGAAUGGCAGCAGCUGGAAACUAUGCCUGGGUCAACCGUUCUUCCAUGACCUUCUUAACCCGACAGGCUUUUGCUAAAGUCUUCAACACAACCCCUGAUGACUUGGACCUACACGUAAUCUAUGAUGUUUCUCACAAUAUUGCCAAAGUAGAGCAGCACGUGGUGGAUGGAAAGGAGCGAACGCUGUUAGUGCACAGGAAGGGAUCCACCCGCGCUUUCCCUCCUCACCAUCCCCUCAUUGCUGUUGAUUACCAGCUCACUGGACAACCAGUGCUUAUCGGUGGCACCAUGGGAACCUGUAGUUAUGUUCUUACUGGCACUGAACAGGGCAUGACUGAGACUUUUGGAACAACCUGUCAUGGAGCGGGCCGUGCAUUGUCCCGAGCAAAAUCUCGACGUAAUUUAGAUUUCCAGGAUGUCUUAGACAAAUUGGCAGAUAUGGGAAUUGCAAUCCGUGUUGCUUCACCCAAACUGGUUAUGGAAGAGGCUCCUGAGUCCUAUAAGAACGUGACAGAUGUGGUGAAUACCUGUCAUGAUGCUGGAAUCAGCAAGAAGGCCAUUAAACUGAGACCAAUUGCUGUUAUCAAAGGUUAGAACAUUGAGGAGCAGGACCACCGGACACCACUGACCCUCUCUGAAGUGGAAGUGGAGUGACUUACUCUUCACACUUCAGACUCAAGAGCUGACAAGUUCCAAAGUAUGCAGUUGUCACUGCUCCUGCCUAUGUGAC